AUGCAUCCUAGGAGUAGGAUGAACUAUAAGGAAAGCAACUCUGCUUUGUUAUCUGGGUGGACUAGAAAAGUCUCUAACCCUGGAAUUAGAAUAAGGUGGAUAACUGUGACCAUCAGGCACCAGGCAGAAGCAAAUGAAAAUUUUCUUUGGAGGAAGAAAAUGUCAUUUUACCUACUCUGUGGAUACUUUUUCAAAUACAAUAUCCAUCAUAUACUCAGACAUACUCAGAUAUGCAAAAACAAUACUGAACAAGAAUUGGUACAAACAUCAGACAAGAGAAAAAUAUUGAGAGAUACUCCUAAAUUGCCAGGCAUAGGUUCAUUAAACUAG